AUAUGAUUAUAAAAUACAACGAACGCAGAGUUUCUAUCACUCCAAAAACCUAGACCAGUCUCAAUAGUCCUGUUAGAAAGUAUAGAGAAUUUUCUAUCAUAGUAACACAUAGCCAGUAUUUCUAACGUCUCCAAAAAAAUAGUUGUCAAGCAUUAAGGAAAUCACCAAUAAAUAAUAGGAAUUAAAUAAGCUUCUUAAUUAGCAUGUUGAUUUCUAGACUUAAUCUGCUAACACAUCGAUGCAUUCGUUUGAUUGCAUUACAGCUCAAUCGAAAUUUAGGAGGAAACAAGUCAAUGCUGAUAUUAGUUCAAAAUUAAUGCACUUAGACGAUGAAAUUGUAGAAGUAUAUAACGAAUUCGAAAAGAAUUACAGAUAAGUCAACGAUUUGGAUAAAUUAGAAUAUACUCCAUAAGCUAGUUAACAAUAAAUUUUUGUGAGUAGAAAAAGUCUAAACAAUUUAAUUUAAACCCAUGAUGGACUCAUGUAAUCGGAUUUAAAGUUCGGUAAUUUGAACAGAAUUAGAAUUAAUAGAUUCAAAUUUUAUUAUUUUCGUAUUAAACUAAGAGGGAAGGUGUCUCCAAUUUAAGUAUUCUUCAACAUUCCAGAAAGAGUAUAAAGUGCAGCUGUAAAAAUGUUUUUAUCAACUAAAGCAGAAUUCCCUACUAAAUUUAACGCAGAAUAUAUUCUUCACUCUCGAUUUGCUAAAAUAUUUUCUGAAAGAAAUUAGCAUUAUUUUACUGAAGAAUAUCUUUUCAUAACAAUAUAUUCUGACGUAGAUUUCGAAUUCUCAAUAACAUUUCAGUUUGGAAACACUCAAAUCACUAAAUCACCUCCCAAACAAAUUGUAGAGUCUCUAGACCUUAUAUCUUAAAACUGCUCUCCAACCUAAAAGUAAUUCCCCAAUGACAAAAUUCUAUAAAAUCUUUCUUUAACCUAAUAUCACGGCAGCUAGAAAUUGCAUAAAAUAUUAUCAGUUCAAUCAGAAAGAACUCAUAAAUAAAAGUUGGCUAAAUCUCUGAGAUAAUCAAUGCUUGAAGAUAAGAAAUUAGAAAAGAAAUCUAAAUUACUGGUUAAAGAGCAAAUACUUCAUUUUAGGGAAGUCGAAAGAUAGAUCAAAUUAAAAAAAUUACAAAUGCAAUUCGCCCAAUAAAACUGGUUUCAAUUAUUUAGUUUACUACUUAUUACUGAAUAUGUUUCUACUUCCCUUUAGGAAUAGAAGAGAAGAUAAAAGGUUGCAGCCAAAGGCAAACUAUUAGUUUGGGCUAUGAAGACUAAAGCCUUAUUAGAUGUAAAGGAAUACGGGGAAAGUGCAAAAGAAAGAACUAUUUUCAAAACUAGAUGUGUUGUUUAAAGUUUUGCAUGCAUGAUUAGACAUAAAUCUAAAAUCAAAGCAGAAUUUGUUGUUACCAAGUUCAUGGGACGCAUACUUUUGUUUCUAACUAUUCUAAAUAAGCAUUAAAGCACUUUAAAUAAAGGUAUUUUAAUUUUAUAGCAAAAUAGUAAUCUUUAUUCAAAGAAAAUUUCGUAUAUUAAAAGCUAAGAAGAGAAAAUUCAGAGAUAAGUUUUGGAAGUUAAUCAAAGAGAACAUUGCCGAUAUUAUUUAUGAUCUGAGAAGGUAAAAAGAAACACAAUUUUUCUUUGAUAAAUAAUAAAUCAACAUAGACAUGUACAUAAUAAUGAAAUAUAAUAGACCUGCGAUGAAUAUAGUCAUAGAUGAUUAUUGUAAAAAGCAAAGGGUAUUGUGGCUCGAAUAUAUAUAACACACGUUUUUAGAAAAGGAUUAAAAGAGAGUAUAAAAUUAUUGUAAUAAUCAUUUUAGAAAAUACAUGAAUAUGCUAAAAAUCUCAAGGAACCUAAGAUUUAUGAUUUGCCAAAUAAAAACGAGUUAAUCCCACUGAUAGAGUAAUAUGCAAAAAUGAAAAAAAUACUAUGA